GUGCUUCCGUUCCAUUUGUGUUGAAAAAGCGCUGAGACUUUGGUCCCAUUUUCUAUCUAAAAGGUGGCCCAUUUGCUUUACUUUUCUUUUCUUGUGCUACAAAAGAGAUAAUCAUACCAAAUAUUGCAAGUUUGUCUGAAAUGCCCUAAAUUGGGAGAAGAAGCCCAUAAUAUCGUUUCAUGCAAUUUCCGAAUGUAGGCGCGCGCGUCGGCGCUCUAAGCUUGUCUCGCGACGUCAUAAAUGGGAUGAUUACGAACUCGUGACGAAAACAGCAAAUUAUAUUUAAAAGCCUGCUGCUACUUAUAAUUUUACUCAAACGGUUAAGACAUGGAAGAAUCAAGGAAAGAAGUCGGGAUGAGGGAAGACGAUCACAAACAAUGGAGCGAAGCUUCAAAUCCUGAGACGAGAGAAGAAAGAUCCAUUUUCAAUCCUCCUCAGCCCCCGACAAGCUUUCAUCCCGCUCUGUCAUCUCACCUUCCAACAGUUGGGCUGCAGAAUUCCAGUGCGUUACCUCAGAUGCCUAUGUAUCCAUCACGAUUUUACUAUCAGUAUUAUGCUCCCCCACCAUAUUCUAGACCAAUGUUUGAUCCAUGUGCUUCGUAUUCUGCAUCAUUCUAUCAAAGUGAAGAUUUUCGUCCAAAAGAGAAGCGCCGCCGCUGUAGAACCGUUUUCACUCAAGAACAACUCUUCCUUCUCGAGGCAGGAUUCUCGGAGCAGAAAUAUCCUGACGGUAAAUUUCGCCAAGAGAUGGCGGAAAAAACCGGUCUCCCUGAGGACAGAGUGCAGGUUUGGUUUCAAAACAGGCGGGCCAAAGAAAAGAGGCUUAUGGAGGAGAAACUGUUCCGAGAAACGACUAGGCCGGAGAACGUGACUACAGUUGAAGAUGUACAUAGCCAAGCUGUGGGAGCUAUUGACGAGAACAGAGCAUUACACAGUGCAAGUCUCGAAACCCAGCAAGAGGAAGUCAUACAAGAACUGGACAUAGUAACAACUGAAGUGCAAGAAAGUGGUGUAGUGAACAACUCAGUUGGAGGUAAAGAUUGGAUCAUCUGUGAAAUUACAACCCAGGACCUCCCUGCGUCACACCUGCCAGACAUCAACAUCUCCACCUACUUGACUCCAGGUCCCCUUCAUAGUCCCACUGUUUCUCGGGUUGAAUUAGCAGAUGCAAGAACAGAUGACGAGACAGAUGAGAACCGCGUUCUCGUCUCCUUGGAGACGCCGAUGAGUUCCUCAUCCCCACUUACAUUCGAAGGCCUACCACGGCAUUUAUUUGUCAGCAGCGAUAUUUCAACCUUCCGUCAGAGUAAUAGCGAGGAUGACAGCAAAAUGUACCAUGGUGAUUCUAAGUCUUUCAUGGAUGUGUACCUUUCCGAAGUAAUUCAGGCCCAUGGAGAAGAGGUCGUUAUAAGCACGGAGGAGAUGGACCCAGUUGAAUGCAGCUCCAAAGAAGAAGAGAUUAAUGCGUGAAGCUUUGUGUUUAGACUUUCUUUUUGAAAUAAUCAUCUAUGAUUACAGUAAUUUUAAAAGCUGCAAAGCACAGCAGCUAAGGAGAACAUAUAGGAAGAGAUUGAUCUUUUUUCUCUGUAGUAAGUUAUUGUAAAUGAAAUAAUGUCGGAAUUCAGUUUCUUCAUUUUAGUCAUAGAUCUAACUAUCAGACAGUGGCGACAAUGCUUGAAGUCAAAUCCUUACAUUCUUAGCAAAGUAAUGUUAUUAUAUAUCGGUGUUACAAAAAUCGUUAAGCAGAAAUAAAGCAGUGAUGCUUGAUACCUAAAUGUGGUGAGCAAUUUCACGAAAAAAGAUACUAUUCCCUUUCUUCUUCGCAUGUACAUCAAUUAAUGCUUGCAAAAAAAAUACGUAACCGUCGCUCGACUCGCGAUAUCAACUUGUUGAGUUCACUACAGAGAGGGUUUUGCAUCGCGUAUUUACCCAAAGUGAAGCUGUUUGCUUCAAGUUGUCCACUAUGAAGUGAAGAUAUUGGAUUCGAGUUUAUUAUCUUAGUUUGUGCCCCCCCCCAACAACCCUUUUUCUCUAGCCUAGGUCACACAGACACCACCGAUACUAGUAGACUAUGUGGAAGAUUUUGAGACAGGUCCGACUGUACCGCGCACUGACCAUUUUGUAGCUUAAAAAUUUAAGGGUCGAGGGCGAUAAUCACACCCCUGUUAUGCAUUGCAACAAAGAGGCCGGCCUCAUUUUCGAACAAAGAAAAAGAACGGCAAUCAAAGCCGACCGGACAGUUGGUCUGGCGUAAGGUUGAGACUGAUCUUACCGACUAAGAAUCUUCGACCUCGUCAUCUGUCUUUCUUUGCCUUGAGUUAGUGUAGAAGUGCUUAGUUUCAAGGGUCAUUUGCAGGGUGAUAUCACCCUUCGGUGAAAAAAAUCCGCCGUUUUGUUACUUCUGUUUGGUUCACACCAAUCUGAACACUAGAGCCGUAGAAUUUGACCGUCGGGACGGUCGACAAAGAAUGUUUGCAAGCAAUUACCUUUCAAGAGACGAAAGCAGCGUAUGAUUGUGACAAGGUAUGAUCUAGUCCACAGCUCAAAUUCUUCAGAAGCAUAGGCACACUACCCGUGCAGUUUGUCUCUAUGUAUCCAUCAAUACUGCGGGUCUACUUUUUAGAGGACCAUAGAAAGAGGCCAUUUUAUGGUUGUGUGCUUAGUUACCUGGGACCCGUUUCUCGAAGUUCCCGAAAAGUUUUUGCACCCAGAACGCAGUAGCAGAAUCUCAAACCUUACGAUUACAGAGCUGUUUUACUCACAUAUUCUCAAUAUGAACAGAGGUUCCCUUCAUACAAGGGGU